CAAAACAUAAUUUAUAAAAUAUUUUCCAAGGUCGAGGCGAAACCGCGAGUUGGGUCUCUCCAAAAUUAAGCCGUCUUUCAUUUCCAUUUUCAUCAUCAUUAAAUUUGUCUUUGCUUGUUCUUUUUGGUCAAGCGACGCAACUUGAGCUACAAUCAUCUGGAUGCGUGUCUAAAGUUCAUGUAUCACAAUCUUCUGGGGUAAGAGCAUUGCUUCUUAGUUAGUUCUUGCUCACGCUCAAUUCCCUAUUUCAGCAACCACGUACGCAGACAAAAACACUAGAAAGGAAUAACCCCCACUUCAAACGUGUUGAAACCCUGCGUUUUAUACCCCCUCCGAAAAGAAAGGGACAAAAUUGAUGAGAAGGUGUUUGAGUUUUUGACCCAGACAGCAAAAGAAGCCAUUUUUGCUUUUUUUUUCUUCUUCGUUUCUGAGUGAGAAUUUCUUGGAGUGAAAUGGAAGAGAGUAGAACUUCGUUAUUGGAGAGAGAAGCAGAGUACUGUGAAAAAUGCCCAGGUUGUAAGAUGGAUCGUCUCAAGCAAGAACAAGCCGGGGUCCCUUACAAGCUCUUGUCUUUUAUCUGGAUUGUCUCUCUCUGUACUGCCUUGCAAAUAUCAUCACUAUUCCCGUUUGUUUACUUUAUGAUCAGAGACUUUCAUAUUGCAAAAAGAGAGGAAGACAUUGGUUUCUAUGCAGGAUUUGUGGGGUCUUCAUUUAUGGUUGGAAGAGCUUUGACAUCUCUUUUCUGGGGAGUGGUUGCUGAUCGAUAUGGUCGUAAACCUGUUAUAUUGAUAGGGACAUUUUCAGUGGUUGUGUUCAACACUCUCUUUGGCCUUAGCACGAACUUUUGGAUGGCACUGUCCAUGAGAUUUUUUCUUGGGUGCUUUAAUAGUCUGCUUGGCACAAUAAGGGCUUAUGCUUCUGAAGUGUGUAGAGAAGAGUAUCGGGCUUUGGCACUUUCAGUUGUUAGUACAUCGCGAGGCAUAGGACUGAUUAUUGGCCCUGCUAUUGGAGGAUUCUUUGCACAGCCUGUGGAGAAAUAUCCAAAUCUUUUCGCGGAAAGCUCCAUUUUCGGGAGAUUUCCCUACCUCCUACCAUGCCUCAUAAUAUCAGUUUAUGCUGUUGGAUCUCUUGUUGCCUGCAAAUGGCUUCCAGAAACAUUACACAAGCAUGCUGAAAAGGCAAAUGAGAGAGCUGAUCUACAUGAUAUUUCAGAACAUUCUUCAAAUGAUUCUGGUCAGAAAGAUAACAUGGUAGAACUAGAAGAAAAACAGAUUCACAAAUCAAAUCUCUUAAAAAACUGGCCACUAAUGUCUACAAUCAUCGUAUACUGCGUUUUCUCACUUCAAGAGAUGGCUUACUCUGAAAUAUUUUCACUUUGGGCAGUUAGUGAUAAAAAAUAUGGAGGAUUAAGCUUUUCAUCCCAAGAUGUUGGUGAAGUUCUUGCUAUCUCUGGAUUGGGUCUUUUACUGUUUCAACUGCUGUUGUAUCCACCAGUUGAGAGACGCCUUGGGCCUCUCAUGGUUACACGCCUUUCAGCUGUAAUAUCAAUUCCAUUGUUGUCAUGUUUCCCCUAUAUAGCAAUGCUUUCAGGGGUAGUCCUGCAUUUGGUGAUAAAUUGUGCAGCCAUAUUAAGAAACACUCUAUCUGUUUCACUUGUUACUGGAUUAUUCAUAUUGCUGAACAAUGCAGUGCCUCAAAGUCAGAGAGGGGCUGCUAAUGCCAUUUCAAUAACUGCAAUGUCCGUUUUCAAAGCAUUUGGUCCAGCAGGAGGAGGAGCGCUAUUUUCUUGGGCACAAGAGCGACAAGUUGCCUCUUUUCUUCCAGGUGAUCAAAUCGUUUUCUUUGCGCUAAACGUGGUUCAAUUUAUUGGGUUGCUAUUGACUGUCAAGCCCUUUCUUGCUGAACCGUACCAGAGAGAAUAGCAUCAAUAAUUAUUUUUUUAGUUCACUUCACCGGUAUUCUCAUUAUAUGAAUCAAUGUUGAAUUGACCCGAAUAAAGUCGGGAUCUCACUGGAUUGAUCAUUUCAGUUUUAAUAACGAUGGUAAAAGCAAAUUUCGGUUCA